UGUUCUUAGGAGGCGGCAUCGGGCGGAGAACUGCUGUUAGUUUGUGCUGUGUUUAUUGUUAAGGUUGUGUGGAUUAGCACUGCGGUACCCACUUCAUUUUCAUAAUAUCAACAAUAUAGCUUUAAGAUGAGUUAAAGAUGCGCGUAGGCACCGCACUGCGGGGACUGACAGAAAGGGACUGACGGCCAGAGGAAGGACAGGAGGCAGGGGGGACUAGCUUCAUAGACAGGAGAGUGUGUGUGUGGGGGGAGGCAGGGGGAGGAAUUUAAAGGGGACAUUCUUAGCAGGAGUUACCAUGUUAUAAUGCUGUAUUUAUUUCCAUUUCACUUUAUGUCAGAGCUGUCCUGAGCUGUCUACUUGGAAUGACAGCUGGUGUUUCCAGUGGCUGACAGGGAAGGAAUUUACCAAACACAGAGAAGAAAACAUGAAUGAAGGAAAAGUGAAAGAAAAAACCAUGAUACUGCACUAGAACUGAUCCACACCUGUUUCUUAGGAAUACCCUCAUCUGCCACCAGCUUGCCCUGGUAAUGGCUAAUUCAGUGGCCUUGGUGGUCCAAGCUGAACUCUUACCACCUCAGUCCACUGCCUCGCUCUCUCCGUUCCCAUCUCUGCUGGGCUCAAGAGAGGAUGGGGAGGACGACAGGGAGAGAGGGGAGCUGGUGGAGGGAGACAAGGGGGUAGUAGAAGGUGGAGAGGAAGUGGUUCUGGACAUGGUGACGUCGUCUGUGUCAGGCCCAGCCCAGCAGCCCAAGCAGACGGACCAUCCCUUUCAGUGUCUGGACUGUGGCAAGAGCUUCAGGUGGUCGUCCAGGUUGACUCACCACCAGCGGAGCCACAACAAUGAGAGACCCUACCGUUGCAACCUCUGCCCCAAGGCCUUCAAGGGCUCCUCUGCUCUGCUGUACCACCAACGGUCUCACUCAGGGGAGAAGCCUUACAAAUGUCAGGACUGUGGCAAAGCCUUCAAGCGCUCCUCUCUGCUCCAGGUCCAUCAGAGUGUUCACACUGGAGUGCGAACCUUCUUGUGCCCCUAUUGCCCCCUGACCUUUAAAUGGAGUUCUCACUACCAGUAUCACCUGCGCCAGCACACUGGAGAAUGCCCAUACCCCUGUGACACUUGCCCCAAGGCCUUCAAGAACUCAAGCAGUCUGCGGCGACACAAGAAUGUCCAUCUUGGUCUCAAGCCUUACACCUGCUCGGUUUGUAAUAAGUCCUUCACUCAGUCCACCAACCUUAGGCAGCACAUGAGGAUACAUACAGGCGAGAGGCCAUACAUCUGUGGUGAGUGUGGACGCAGCUUCACACAUUCAUCAAACCUGGCUCUGCACAAGAACUCUCACUCCAACCUCAACACAGGAGGGAAGGAGGGGAAGAGGGGAGAGGACGGAAGGAAGGGGAAUGAGGUAGUGGAGGUGGUGGUAGGGGCAGAGGAAGUGACAUCAUCCAUGUUGACGGACAUGGUGGGGUUUGUGAGCCAGGAAGGAACUGAUGGAGUGGGGGUGGGGAUGGAAGAAGUGUUCCUGUCAACCACCUCAUCUGGCCAGAAUCCGAGCCUUCUCCCCCAGCUCACUCUCACCCCGUCCGGGGAGGAUGUGUGUGCAUCUAGGGCUAUCGGGACAGAGGUUCACCUGAGCACUGACACUGGGGCCAGUGUGCUGCUUUACAGCUGUGGCAGCUGCAGCCAUACCUUUGGCACGCAAACAGAGCUGGAGGAGCACCAGGCCAUCCACAUGGCUCCAGAGGGGCACGGGGCCAGUGGGGAGGCGGGGCCUGGGGCAGGGAUGGAGGUUGGGGAUGGGCUCGUUGGAGCUGGACACCUGCUGGCUGACUUUGAGGAGGUGGUGGAGACCACCACAGUGGCUGAAAAUGGACACACGACAGAGGUUCUCCUUGGACUGACGGAGGGAGCAGAUAGCAACAAUGCAAAUGUGGGCACCACCCAGGCCCAGUUUGACCUGCUGCAGAGCUUCACCGAGGUGACUCAGAGCUCUGAGACCGUUCAGCCAGAGGCCAGAACCACAUGGGCAGGGCUGUCAUGUGGCUACUGCAAUAAGACCUUCAAGACCAGUGGAGGCCUCAAUAGACACAUGUCACUGAUGCACUCUCUUUCAUCACAGUCCCGCUCCCAGUUCAGCUGCUCCGCCUGCGACCGCUCCUUUCCCCUUCUCUCCUCACUCCUCACCCACCAGCACUCCCACACCCCUGAGCAGCGUCUCCUGGCUGAGGCAGAGGCUGAGAUAGUGUGCCCUCCGUCCCUCUCUCUGUCGCUCCCCUUGCCCUCCUCUCCCAGCCAGGCUGACAAGCAGCAGGAAGGCCAGAGGGAGAUCCAUGUCAACAUCAUUACCGUCGGAGAGGAGCAAGAGGAGCAGCCAGCCAAACCGACCAAAGCCCUCAAAAAGACAGGAGCCAGCAAGAGCACUCCUGCUGGAGAGAGGCCAUACCGCUGCUCCGAGUGUGGAAAAGCCUUCAAAGGUUCAUCGGGGCUAAAGUACCACAUGAGGGAUCACACUGGGGAAAGGCCCUACCGCUGCACUGAGUGUGGAAAGAGUUUUAAAAGGUCGUCGUUGCUUUCAAUCCAUCAGAGGGUACACACAGGUGUACGGGCGUUCCAGUGCCCCCACUGCCCUCUCACUUUCAAAUGGAGCUCUCACUACCAGUACCAUUUGCGGCAGCACACAGGUGAGAGGCCAUAUGUGUGUAAGGAGUGUGGCAAGUCCUUCAAAAACACCAGCUGUCUGCGUCGACACAGUCAGAUGCACUCUGGGCUGCGGCCUCAUACCUGCUCCAUCUGCUCCAAGUCUUUCUCCCAGACAUCAAACCUUAAACAGCAUGAACGCACCCAUUCUGGUGAGAGACCCUUUCAGUGCACACACUGCAAUAAAAGCUUUACACACUCCUCCAACCUUCAGCUCCACCUUCGUACACACUCCUCACGCAAGGACUUCAAAUGCCCGUACUGCUCUAAGGAGUUUGUUAUGCACUCCUACUUGCAGAGGCACAUCCGUACCCAUGGCAGCGGUGUUCCUCUGCCCUGCCCUGGUGGUGGAGGUAAAGACGGUGUGGCUGUGAAAGCCAGUGUUGGAGGAGUAACAACCACCACAACCUUGCUCAACCCCAUCACCCUGGAAGCCUCAGGAAACAGUGGCAGCCUGAUUGUGUCCCAGCCAGCACUUAAUAUUCCCCCCAACACCUCCCAGAACUACUUUAUGAUUCAGACAGCCAGCGGCCUGCAGCUCAUUCCUCUGUCAUCCCCUACACCUACCCCUCCUCCUCCUCCUCCACCACCUCCGUCCCAGCCCCAAAACUUCUUCCUCCUGCAGUGCCCCUCCAACAACGGCAGCCAGUCCAGCUUGAUUCUUGUUCCCACAACAAACAACCCUCCACCAGCUCUGGAGCCACAGACUCUGCCUGUACUCCAGACUAUCCAAGCACUCCAGCCCGUCCUAAACCAAACACAGACUCAGAUACCCCAGUUUUCAACUCUAUCACAGCAACAACAGCAGACCAGGAUCAUAAUCACCAACAACAAUAACAAUGCAAACACUCCUGUUGCCACACCAACGCAUACCCUGUCAGCUAACUCCCUACUGACUAAGCCCAUAUUAGGGAAAAGCACACGGACAGCACGGGGCAGGCGGGGCCGCAAACCAAAAGCUGUUCUUCAGAAGUCUGCAACAGCUCCUGUCAGUCAGACUGCAGGUGGAGCUUUGUCCGUAACAAAUUGUAAUGUGACCCUAAGUGUCACACAGACUAUUGCUGCAGCUGACACUACCACAGAGUCAUCGCCAUCAUCUGUAUCGACUGUUUCCCACCGUUCCUUGUCAACAUCUUGCACUACUGUCCCAAUAUUUUCAUCUUCCACCUCUGUAGUCCCCACAGUGGACAGCUCAGGACCCACAUCAACUGUUACCAUGGUUACACCAGCCACCACAGUAGCCACAGCUUCAGUUUCAAGUCCUAUCCCUGCUAAUCCGGGCAGGAAAACUCAGAACACUGUUGAACAAAUGAGAACAGGGGACACCAUGACAGGGAAACAGUUUGUGUUGUGUUUUGAUAAUGAAGAACAGACAAAGGAGGGGAUGAAUAUUGAGGAGGGUGGGGAGUCAUAUGUGUUACAGUUUGAAGGGGAUGCAUCAGCAGAGGCGGUUGAUGGGGGAAUGGGUGGGGAGGGAAAGUCACUUGUACUUCAGUUCAAGACAGAUGGGCAAGGUGAAGGAGAAAAAGGGGGGGAUAAGGGAGGGAUGAUGUCACUUCUGCACAACUGGGGUGGAGAGAAGGGUGAGAGACAUGCAGGAGAGGAGAGCAGCCAGGGGGAAUCUUACGUCCUCCAUUUCCAUACGGAGGCACAGGACAGCAGUCCAUCCAGUGCCACCUUCAGCCAAGGGCAAGACAACAGCCUGCAGCUUUCCUGCACCUCAACCCAAGGUUUGGUGCCCCUUGAUGGGCAGGAGGUGGUGUUUGAGCUGGGGGGUGAGACCAAAAUGGAGCAGGAAACUGAGGAGGGUAUGCAGAUGAUCGCCCUGAUAGAAGGUGAAGGGGGAAUGAUGGGAGAAGAAGGGACAGGUUGCAAUGCUGCAAGUGGUAGGGUUACUGAGGGUGGGGGAAGUAUAUUUCAGCUAGAAAGCGGAGAGGAAAUUGUCAUAAUUGAGGUUAGCACCAGUAGCUUGAGGGAAGGGAGAAUGGAGAGAGGAGGAGAAGGGGAGAUCUCACAAAAUAGUGAGGUAAAAUAUGAGAGUACAACUGCAGAGGCGAAUGAAAAGUCUGUAAAGGAACACAACUCUGCAGCCAAUACAGAGGUACAGACACCCACUGAGGACACAAUAAGAAAUGGACCUAUAUCUAACUCUAAAGACAUGCAGUUCUCUAACUAAAACCAGUGUGCAUGUUAGAGGGAAAAAAGUGUGUGUGAAUGAAUGCCUCACAGUUUGUGAGCUAAGUGUGUUUGCACUUAAGUCAGUUUGAGUUCUCCUGGAACUGAAAAGGAACAUGCAGUUAGAUGAGUACUGUGUUGUAAUGCCAUGGUGCCACAUACUAGAAAUGUUAUACAUUCAAAUAGGCUGUACAUGGACCUCAGAAUAUUCCUAAAUAUAUUAGUUUAAAUGAUACUGUCAUUGGCAGUUUGUUUAUUAAGUAAAUAAGUUUGUGAAUAAAUGUUGUAAAUGGCCUACUUUCUUCACAAUGGUAAUAAUAAAUUGUAGUAAUUAUUAAUAAAUCUGUUUUGGUUCACUUGUUA